CCAAUCAGAAUGGAGAGGGCUUUGGAGGAAGUUGGAAAAACCAGAAGGUGUGAGUGAAGCGUAUGGACUUGAUCAAAACACUCUCUAGCAAAUGACACUCUGGUAAAAAUAAAAGCUGGAUCCCGACAUUUAGACGCGGAGAAACUUCACCGAUCUGAUAAGAUGGUGUAUAUGGUGAUUGAGAGGCACACUGCUGAUGUUCUCCAUCUGAAGAGAUCACCUGGGAUUCGGUCCUGGUCUCUGCUCGUUGGCAUUGCCUCUAUAGGCCUGGCAGCUGCAUAUUACAGUUCAGACAGUGUGAUAUGGAAGCUGUUCUAUGUUACGGGCUGCUUAUUUGUCGCCUUACAAAACAUAGAGGAGUGGGAAGAGGCUGUGUUUGACAAAUCCAAGGGAAGGAUAGAGCUGAAAACCUUCAGUCUAUAUGCAAGGAUACUCACCCUGUGGAGUAAAGGGCAUGAAAAAGUGCUGCUGGAUUUGCGGCACUUGCGGGACAUAUGCGUUCAGGAGGAGAAGGUGCGCUAUCUGGGGAAGGGUUAUGUGCUUGUGCUGCGAAUGGCCACUGGAUUCUCUCAUCCUCUCACGCAGAAUGCCACUCUCGGGCACCGCGGCGACGUAGAGGCGCUUGCUGCCCUUCUAAAGCGCUUCUUGAAGCUUGGAGCAUCACAGCAGCAGCCAGCUCAGGAAGAUGAAGAUGAUUUUGGCGAUGAAGACGAGGAGGACUUUGAGCAGCUGGGUAUGGAGGGGGAUGACGAAAGCAGUGAUUCAAGGGAUGAAAGUGAACUGACACCUCACUGACAACUGGUCCUGUGAACAUGUAGAGGACACUGCACUCAGACUCUAAUUAUCCAACCAAAUCUUCCAGGCUUAAGAACAACUCACUACCUGAAAACAUGUCCUCUUUCUCUCAGUGCCUGAAUAAUACGCUGCCUUCCAUCUUAAAGUGGCCUUUCCAUAUACCUCAAGAGGCAUUACCAAGACAAUAUGUCUUGCCAUAAGUAGUGAGCAUGUCUUAAAUGGCAUACUACAAUGACUAUUACUACUAGUAAUAAUAAUAAAACUAACAAUAAGGAUAUUGAGCUCUGAUGGUGCAUAACGCAAACUUAUCACUGUUUUUUUGUUUUAUACUCAGGGUGUUUUUACUAGUGUUGUAAUACUACAUGAUCUUAAAAUCUGUUUGGAAUGCAGUUUUUCCAGCAGUCUGAGAUUUAGGUGCUAAACCUUUUGAAAUCAUGAUAGCACUGAGUAAUUUUAACAACUAAUCACGUGCUUGCCAUGAAAUAUUUGUUGCAUGUUAGUAUAUACAGUCAGAGUAAUGUUUUGUACUCCACUCAAUGUGCUUACAUUUAUGUUGCCAUUACUUGAUUAUUUUAAAGCCAGAUCCAACUUGUGCAGUUCUAGUUAACUAAACAGGUUCUAGUCAGACUUCAGCUCAGCUUACAUGGCUCAGUUUCACCAAAAAAAUAUAAAUGUGUCCUAUUAAGGUGCCUAAACCUGGCGCCUGAACCAGGCGUCAGCCACCCAGUGGAUGUGUUGCAGUAUUGCUAUUGAAUGGCCUGUACUACUGAAAGCAUGCAUGGACCAGACCAGAUGAUGUUUAUCUGAUUUACUGAUUCUUUGUGAAAGGGAAAGUAUAUAUCAGGAAAAUGUGGAUUAACUUGUAUGUGGAUUGUAAUCUUACUGCAUGUUCAGACGUUUCCCUUUUUUUAUUUUCUGGCCAAUAGUAAUUACAGUAACUUGUAUUCGAUGAACCGAUGUCCACCAGAUGUCAAUAAAAUGCUGAACCUUU